GUUAUCCGAGUUUCAGUCUGCACUGGAUCCGGAGGAGUAUGUUCGAUUGACGUGAUCAGAAUUGCAGUCAAGAAAAGGGACAGGUCAAGGAAUAGUUUGCUGUGCAUGUCAGUAAUUUUCCUGUGAAAGUUGAAAUUUCAGAAAUCAAGAAGAUGGCAAACUUACCCAGUUUCGUUAACCUUACAGACCUCGUCUCUCGCAAGGUUGGUGGAGAGAUCCUUUUUGCCACAGAUGACUGGUUUGCCGUUGCUGAAAAUCUUCUCAAGGAGGAUGAACCUGUUUGGUGGGAAGGGGAAUUCACAGACUUUGGAAAGAAGAUGGAUGGAUGGGAGACAAGACGCAAACGCAUCCCUGGUCAUGAUUGGUGUAUCAUCAAACUAGGCAUCCCAGGUGUUAUCCGUGGUGUCGAUGCUAACACCCGACACUUCACAGGCAACUAUACACCAAAAAUAUCCAUCCAGGCUGCUUGUUUGACACCAGAUGUUGAAUUCCCAGACCGAUCUAGUGCAAUGGGAUCUAAAGCAACAGAAGAACAGUUUGAGGAGAUGAGGAAAUUGCAAACAGAGACAUGGGAAGAGAUAGUUCCUAGAUCGUCACUCAGGUCAGGUACAGAGGAAACGUGUCAUAACUACUUCCAGGUCAACAGCAAGAAAAGAUGGACCCAUAUCAGAUUGAACAUGUAUCCAGAUGGUGGCAUAGGACGUCUGAGGAUCUAUGGUGAUGCGAAACCAGACUGGUCACAAAUUAACCAAAAUUCUCUGAUUGAUUUGGUAGCUGUGGAGAAUGGUGGAGUCUGUGUAGGAUUCAGCGAUGCUAAGUUCUGCUACCCUAAGAACUUGAUCACUAAGGAAAGAUCGGUGACGAUGGCUGAUGGGUGGGAGACGGCAAGGAAGCGUGACAGACCGGCAAUCCUGGAGAUGGGUCGAAAUGGUGUCCUAGAAUUCACCAGCAGAGAUUGGGCAGUGUUUCGUCUUGGGACUAAGGGGAUCAUUGAAAGGAUUGAAGUGGAUACAAAUCAUUUCAAAGGAAACUUCCCAGAUUCCUGUACUGUUGAAGGAUGUGUUCUAACAGAUCAAGAAGAGAAGUACGGUCAGAUGCCAAGAACUAAUAAACCUCAUGGUGAUUUUGAUUCCUUCAGAUGGAAGACCAUUCUACCACCUGCUAAGCUCUCAGCUCAUAAAAGACAUCACUACAAAAAGGACGCAUUGGUCAAUGUUGGACCGGUCACUCACGUCCGCUUGACCAUGAAACCAGACGGUGGUAUUAGCAGACUGAGAUUGUGGGGGCGAAUAUCAUCAAGACUAUAAUAGUACAUUGUAAUAGGUAGAACAUUAUCAAGUGAUAUACGGUGCUUCACAGAAAAAAGGGAAUCUUGGAUUCCUAGAAUUUUUUCCAACACGGGCAAAUGAUUUAUGGUACACUGUAUUCAUGUACAUGAUCAUGAAUUCAAUUUUCUACAUUAUUUUGAAAACUAAUAUGAACAAGAAGAGUUUAAAACUUCGAUUCCAUUACCAAGUUUUGCAGUAAAUUAACUUAUUGUUAGUAUACUAACAAAGAUAGAAUUAUAGAUUGUUUCAGGACAUUGUCCGCAUUCAAAUGUGAUCCCAGUGGAUUUUUUUUCUGAUAAAAUCAGAUUAAAUGUUCUUAU